AUGGUCGAAAUAAUGGCAAUGCUGUUGGUUACUUGGCUGGCUUUGGCCAGUUCCUUGCAGCUGGAGUUCGAUGAAAUCGAUUCCCUGGAGGGCUAUCAAUUUAUGGAAUUACGUCCACUUGCGAUGGAGUUCUCACAGCACUUUAGGAAUAUAACUGAAAAAGACCUGGAUUUACCUAGCAGCAGUCAGCAGGAUUCACAAUGCUUGGCUGAUAUGACACAGCUGCUGAGUGCGUUUAGAUUGAAAAAAAUUUGGGCCUUAAAGAUGUUCGACGCAUGGGGCACAUUCCCCAAGGGUGUGCUGUAUGGCAACAAAAUAGAUUUGGGCAACUAUGAUGAGUGCAUUGGGAUUAACAAGGCUAUUAGUGAUAACCACGCUAUAAAGGGCAAAUAUUGCUUUGCUGGCGUGCCUUUCGUCAGAGGCAUUAUACUAAGGACAGCCGUUUGCUUUCCCGCCUCCUGCAACGCAACGCACAUGGAUAAGUUUCUACAGCCCCUGCUGGAGAAACUAUUAAAUAUAAAAACCACAAAAGCCCUGGUAAGUGAAGACUCCUGCAGAACCAAAGAGCGCAUAGAAUACGAUGGUCUUACUAUAUUUACUAUUGUUAUCGUCUCAUUACUGCUCGCUGCCGUUGUUUUGACAACGGCCUACGAUUAUUUCUUCUGUGAAGAUCAAAACCAACUGCCCGCCUUGAUUAAGAUCUUCUCAGCACGCGCCAACUCCCGUGUGCUAUUCCGCCUCGUCCAGCCCAGGUCGAAUCCAAAUGUUAUCGAUUGUCUCAAUGGCAUGCGGUGCAUGUCGCUCAUCUGGGUGCUCUUUGGCCACCAAUACUUGUUCGCCUUGAUGGCGCCAAAUAUCAACCAAUAUCAAUUGAAAUGGUGGUUCGGGAAGCCCUUCACAAGCUUUGUGCUGCAUGCUGGCUUCUCUGUGGAUACAUUCUUGUUCCUUAGUGGCCUCCUGCUGGUCGUGAUUUCGAUGCGUUCUCUUGAAAAAUCAAAGGGUAAACUGAAUAUUCCUAUGAUGUAUCUCCAUCGCUAUUUGCGCCUCACUCCAGUAGUGGCUCUAGCCAUACUCGUCUACAUGACUCUAUUGCCAUUUAUGGGUGAUGGUCCUCUAUUUGAUAGCAUUAAGUUCGAUGACUAUAAUCAUUGUAAAAGCACCUGGUUCUGGACUUUGCUCUUUCUACAAAACUAUGCGACGCCAGACCUAUGCAUCAAUCAUAGCUGGUAUUUGGGCGUGGAUAUGCAGCUGUAUAUACUCUCUCCCAUAUUUCUGCUUUCCUUGUACAAGUGGGGCAAGAAAGCUGCAGCUGGAAUCUUUGUGCUAAUGCUUCUGCUCUCCGCAUGCCUCUUUAGCACAAUGAUGGUCAAGCAAUAUCCCAUUCAUAUAGAAAUUGGCGUCACUCCGGACGAAGCUCAACGCAAACUCUACUAUGCCACCCAUGUGCACGCAGCUCCUUGGCUGAUCGGCGUACUCUUUGGCUACUUCCUGCAUGUGAAUCGCAGCAGGAACUUUCAGCUGAAUCGCAUUGAGAUCUGGCUGGGUUGGAUCGUCAGUUUGGGUUUGAUCUUCACAUGCAUCUUUGUGCUAUAUCCAUUUGCCGAUUGGCUUAAUCCGCCAUUGAGUAUGCUGGAAGAGGCAUUUUACUACACGCUAGCUCGCAUCGCCUGGCCCCUCAGCUUGUGCUGGGUGGUCUUUGCCUGCAUGAGGGGCUACGGUGGCUUGGCCAAUAGUUUUCUCUCCUGCCCACUGUGGCAGCCGUUGUCAAGGAUCUCAUACUCUGCCUACAUAUUUCACAUAUUCAUACAGCAAACCAAUGGUCGACGCAUGCGAACCGGCACAUUUUUCUCCAACUACGAUGUGAUGUUACUUUUCUGGAGCGGCUUUGGCUUUGUUUUACUUUUGUCCUACGUUGUCUAUAUUAUUAUGGAGGCACCUUUCGGCGUGCUAGAGAGCAUGCUUAUGGCCAAAAGGAGAACUAGCUCCCGAAACGAACCAUCAUCAACAACAACCAACAAACUAGAACUGAAUCCACAAUUGGACUCUGAUAGACCCCAUAAUACAUAAAUCUCUGCGAAUUUCUACAGGCCUAGACACUUUAUGGAUUAUAUAGUUAAGUAUAGAUUUCUAUUUAUAAAACUACUUUUAAUUUACGAAUCUUAUCAGGUUCUUUAAUGAUAACUUUGAUUUGCACUCGUGAGCUGUCAGAAACGUGAAAUUGU